AUGAAGUUCCUUGAAAUUUUGCUGCUCUUGAUCUUGAUCAUGAAACUCCUCCAACAGCCAUGCGUUAUCGAGACGAUCCAUGUUAUCGAGGCUUCCCUGAGCUCAGCGAUGCCGAUCGGCACUCUUGCUGGAAGCGUGCGAUACCAUGCCACCGACAGCAACAACCUCGAGGCUACGACGUCUGGCAAGGCAUGUCAAUUGAGAUCCGAUAUUGGAGUCACAAGCACCCAAAGCCGACCCUGUCAAAUUGCCGCUCACCUCCGCAAGGAGCUCGAAGCUCAAGAGGACCAGACCCCAUACAUCACUACAGAGUCGACCAGGAUCCUCCAAAUGGCAAUGUACCUAUCCAAUGGAAUCCAGCCCCCAACCACGCAGACCAUCGCCCACGGCGCAAGUGUGGCUUAUGUUGCCGAAAGCAACCUGACUCUGAAGGUUAUUGAAGCUCUCGCAAUCAUCUUCCAGCUGAUGUUCAUUAUGGUCAUCUCACUGCUCGCCAUUGCAUACUGCACUGGCUACAUGGACCUCUUCAGCAUCGUGUCCUGUUGCUCAGACGAUAUACAGGCGACCGCCGAUACUACGGAGCAGAAUAAUGCGCAAUCUUGUAACUGUUUCGAUGGACCCGACUCUUCUUUGGAAAGCCAUUCCGACCAGUCAGACAGCGCCUCGACUCUUGAUGCCGAAUUAGAAUCCAAGCCAGAAGUGACCAAGAAAUCCAAGAACGAAGAUUCGAUGGAGCAGGGUAGCGAACAUAGCCAACCACCCAGUCCCGAGCCCAUGUGCGAUGCUGCUCAAUAUGACAAUGAUACUCAAAGCCGGGAGCCAGCCCCGGAGCAGCUCGCUGGUGGCUCUGUUAACUCUCCUUCCGUGGAUGCCAACCCGACAUGGAGUUUUGAGGCCACCACGAGUGAAGUUCUCAGACAAUAUGACAUUCUUAUCGAGAAGGCCAACGAAUCUGUUGACUACGAAGAAAUAGCCCGCCUAUGCGGCCUUGCUAGCAUGCUCAUGGUGAUGUACACCGCCGUUGUCACUGAUCCCAUCAGACUCAGCUUGGGGCACUACAACCAUGCGAUGUCAUACUAUUUGUCGGACUCGUAUUUCGAGGCUCUCUUCUAUGUCACAAAAGCCCUCAGCAUCCUUGAGAAUGCCGGCUUGUUGCCACAGACAUAUGAGCAGAGUCUGAACGAAGAUAGCCGCAUCAGCUCAUACUAUAUGUUGCUACUGAAGGGCCAGGUUCUUGUGGAAAUCAACAAGUCUAGUGAGGCCGCUGAGUAUGUCAAAAUCAUCGAGGGAAUCUACCUCGAUAAUAUACACUCAAACCACUUCUUGAGCCUCAAGGCCGACGCGUUGACUCGAAUCGAUCAAUACGAACAAGCACUGGAGGCCUUGAAGGAUAUGGAGGGCACCUACGAAGGAACGCUGCAAAUCUAUUUUGAAUUGAAGGCCAGCUGCGCUAUAGGCCUUGGUCCGCGAUUCCUUGGGAUGGCCGUGGAGGCUCUCGCGAACCUCGCGAACCUGGCGCCCGACAGGUUCGGUCAUAUCUUCAAUGACUAUAACCAACGACUCCAAACGAUAAACUGGGCGAUGGACAUGCUGCAGCUCAGUGAGGAAAGCGUUUUCGGACAGGACUCGAGCCUGGCCUUGAAGGCCGUCACAAAGGCAUACCGAGUCAUGAGCCUCAAGUACCAUCCAGAUAAGCAUCCCGAGGAUCAGGAGACGUACACAGUCAAAUUCCAGCACUUGCAGAAUGCCUACCAGCACAUGGAAGCCACUAUCAAUGAACAAGACAAAAUCAACAUGGAACUUGCAGCACGACCAAAAUGGUAG